CUAGAGCAAGGUGUCUGGUGUAGAUUACUCUAACCCUCACAGUUACGUCCCCCAGGCCUCUCUAGGGCUCAGUGGCAGGAUUAUGUGUCUGAAGACUUCUCACAUAUGAAUAAGACCCAAUAAAAUGGUAUCUAGGGCUCCAUUGACACGUCGAGAUAACGGAAGCAUUAAUAUCGCCGUGAUAGCUGGUCUCGACUUUCCCGAUCAUUUUUCUCUUGACAAAUUUGUGGUAUGUUAUGGUACUGCUGUUCAUAUCAAAAUUUAAAAAAAUAAAAUGCCAUUUUUGUAAGCCUCAGAGACUUGGUGCUGAUGUUCAAAGCCUCUCAAAGACUUAUUUCCAAACUGUGUAUGCAGGUAACCGUACGGACGAUGGUUCGGAUGUGGAGUCAGAGCCCGACCUGCCCCUGAAAAGGAAACAGAGACGCAGCCGCACCACCUUCACGGCGGAGCAGCUGGAGGAGCUCGAGAAGGCCUUCGAGAGGACACACUACCCCGACAUCUACACUAGAGAGGAGCUCGCACAAAGGACCAAACUGACCGAGGCUCGUGUACAGGUCUGGUUCAGCAACCGAAGAGCAAGGUGGCGCAAACAAGCGGGAGCAAAUCAGUUGGCAGCGUUCAACCACUUGUUGCCUGGAGGCUUUCCACCAACCGGCAUGCCAACCUUACCCACCUAUCAGCUUCCAGAGUCAGCGUAUCCCACCACCACUCUCUCGCAAGAUGGUAGCAGUACUUUGCACCGGCCGCAGCCUCUGCCGCCCUCCUCCAUGCACCAGGGCGGGCUCUCGGCUGACAGUAGCUCUGCCUACGGCCUCUCAUCCAACCGCCACACCUUCUCCAGCUAUUCAGAAACUUUUAUGAGCCCGUCAGCUUCAAGCAACCACAUGAAUCCGGUGAGCAACGGCCUUUCACCACAGGUGAUGAGUAUUUUGAGUAACCCCAGUGCCGUCUCGUCCCAGACUCAGCAUGAUUUCUCCAUCUCUCCUCUCCACGGCAGUCUGGAUGUGUCUAACCCCAUCUCAGCGAGCUGCAGCCAGCGUUCAGACCCCAUCAAAGGUGUGGACAGUCUGGCCUCCUCUCAGUCCUACUGUCCCCCCACAUACAGCGCCACCAGCUACAGCAUGGACCCCGUCACUGCUGGAUACCAGUACAGCCAGUACGGCCAGACUGCUGUGGACUAUCUGGCCAAGAACGUGAGUCUGUCGACUCAGAGAAGGAUGAAGCUGGGCGAUCAUUCGGCGGUCCUGGGACUUCUGCAGGUGGAGACGGGACAGGCUUACUGAGUUUGACCACUACGAACACCCCUUCACACGCUCUGAGAUGCACAACCAGCUGGAGCUCUUUGCUGCAUCUUCUCUGCUUUUCAAGAAACUCUUGCCAUUCCAUCUGACGUGACCUUCUCAUGAUUGUGGGCUCUCACGUGGACAAGAGGACCAUGAAAUAGAUACAGGCACAUCGUCAGAUGCCCCGUACUGCAAAAAUGCAUUCCGAGCCAUUUCCAAAAUGUCCUUUCACCCCACUGUGCAUAAUCUUGUAUGAAUCUCAGUGUAAUUAUAACGGAUUGUUUUCUAUCGAUAUUGUUAUUACCAUUGCCCUUACAGUUGUUGUAAUUCUGAUUAUCGUAACUAUUGUUUCGUUUCGUUGUUUCAAGAUCCACACGUAGCAUUUUUUUUACAAAUUCAAACCCGAGGUUUUUUACGUGAAACGCUAGCAGUGAGCUAAAAAAGGUGGAUCGAGUGUGUGUGUUGAAAGUGUGACUGCUGGUUUUUCACUUUCAAGCCGUAACGUUCCUGAGCGAUUUGACCUUCUCUGCCUUCAUAUUUCACUUGAUAUUCCAUGCAAACUUGGCCAGUCUGUGGAAAGUCUGGCUUUCUGCUGGGAAUUAGUGUUUUUAGAGGACCAGUGAUUUCUCCUUCACUCAGAUGCCUGUUUUAACUCAGCGAUCAUCUGGGGGAAAGAAAACGGCAUUGUUUGGAUAGAGGAUUUAGAAAGUAAUUUUCUAGAGAGAAGCAACACUUUGCCCUCAAACUAGAAGACAAAAAAAUUAAAGUUUCAAACAUUCAUAUUAUAUGUUAUUGAGUUAGGAAAUGCAAACAUUUUUACCAUUCCAUAUAGAUAAUACAAUUUACUUGUAUUAACUAAGUUAAAAAGUGCACGUGAAUUUUAGACCAAGUACAAAAGUGUUUAAAAGUUUGGGGUUAGUAUGAUUUUUUUUAUAUAUAUUUCUGAAAACGUAUUUUUAAUCAAAACUGCAAUAAAAAGCAGUUAAUAUUAUUAUAAUAAAAAAAACAUUUUUUUUAA